AUGCGACAGCGCAAUUUGUUUGAGGUCAUGGACCUCUCCAAGAGUGACUCCGACGAGGACACCAUCGUGGUGAGCCAUGCAACGACCGCAUCUCGCUCGAAGCGGCCGCGUGGAAGCGAUGUCUCUACCACCAACGCUCGACCUCGAAAAGUCGCAAGACUCAAGACUGCCCCUCAGAGUAAAGCCAAACCUCUAAGAAGUGGCCGCUCUCAAGGUUCAGUCCCAGCGACUAAGGCCCCAUUUUCAUCACAAUCUCCACGGCUCACACAGUCCAGUCCUGUGACUGCACCUCGCACUGUGCUCGGUGAAGUGAGCCCGUCUCAAUUCCAGAACCGACUACGAGGCCCGAUCGCUUGCGAAUCAGAGGACGAGCUUGCCGGACAUGUUCGCUCAACUUCAGUAAAGAAGAGAGCAACCAACACACUUAAAGCUGCCGCUUCCAAGACGCGGACAAAGUCGAGACGCAAGGAUUCUGACGACUCUGACUUCUCCGCAGAAUCUGCUGCAUCAGACGAAGAAGAGUCCGACGACGGUGACGUGGCCAUGGACGACAGCAGUUCAGUCCAAGCCAGCGAGAGCGAUGAACAGGAUGUCGUUAGGCCAAAGAAAGCGUCCAAAGCUCGAGCCAAGUUGCCUGCGAAGGCAAAAGCCACCACGACGACAGCCGCGUCGACUGUCGCAAAGCCCCGUGCGAGCGCAAAGGACAUGGUGAAUCUGCUGAGAGGGAGCAAAGGUCUCGACUUGUCGCUGCCGCCAGUGUCCAGCAUCCAGGACAUAUUCCAGGACUUGACUUCCAAGGCUAAUGCACAUGGGCUUGACCAGGCGAUUGAGCACCUGCGAAAAUCGCGGCCACUUCGCGUUGCUACCAUGUGCUCCGGGACUGAGUCGCCACUCCUGGCACUGGAGAUGAUCAAGAGUGCUUUAGGACCUCAGGCCUUUGAGAUCGAGCACCUGUUCUCUGCCGAGCUUGUACCUUUCAAGCAAGCUUACAUAGAGCGCAACUUCAGUCCGCCUCUGAUUUUCAGAGACAUCACCGAGCUCAUCAACGCCUUCGAGGAUAAUGAAGGACAGCCAGCUGCUACGACAGCAUACGGCGCGAAAGUUCCGGUGCCAACCGACAUAGAUGUGCUUAUCGCUGGUACAUCUUGCGUCGAUUACUCAGGAAUGAAUUCUAGAAAGAAAGGCAUCAACGAUGGCGGCGAAUCUGGCGAUACGUGGCGGGCCGUAAUGGACUUUUGCAUGGCUGCAAGACCAGCUAUAGUCCUUUUGGAAAACGUCAAGGGCGCGCCUUGGGACUAUCAGCUGCAGGAGUACCAAGACAUCGGCUAUGAGACUGUCGGAGCUUUGGUCAACACCAAGGACUACUACAUUCCUCAUAUCCGUCAACGUGGAUACAUGGCUUGCUUUGACAAGCAGAAGCUGAAGACUGGGUCAUCCAGGGCAGUGGCAUCCCAGUGGGCGGAACUAAUGGAGACCUUUAAGCGGCCGGCGAGCUCUCCGGUGUCGUCUUUCUUCCUACCAAACGACAAAAUCGCACGUCAGCACAUUCGCACGGACGAUCCCACCCGAGAAGUAGAUUGGUCCACAUGCGAGAUCCGGCACAUACAGUAUCGUCAACAGCUUCGCCUAGGUAAUGCACGUCCCAUCACAAACUGGUCCGCAAGUGGGUCAUUGCUGGUACCUGACAACGGUAACCUACAGUGGUACCAGAGGCAAGUCGAACGAGUGCUGGACACUAUCGAUGUUGGCAAUCUGCGCAAGGCAUUACCGAGUCUGGGAAUGUAUGACAAUCGGUACAAGACUCGUGUUGUCGACCUAUCGCAGAACGUGGAUCGAGACAGAGAUCAUCGACCAUUUGGUGUGGUUGGAUGCAUUACGCCAUCAGGAAUGUUCUACAUCUCUGAUGCUGGCAGACCUCUGACUGCUGAAGAGACGUUGCAGCUUCAGGGCCUUCCGCUUGACAGGAUUUCCUUCACAACUGAGUCCCCAUCCGAUGUGCAGGACCUGGCUGGAAACGCUAUGUCAACGACCGUCAUUGGGUCAUCAAUCUUAUCGGCGCUCAUUGCUGGAUACAAGAUGAUCCCACAAGCGAGUGCAGCCGAGCGUGACUUGGAAAGCAGCGUUUCGAAUGGUCUAGAGCCGCAGCUUAUGGCCAGCGAUGACAUGAGUAUCACAGGAUUCAAGUCAGGCUUAGGGGUCACGAGUACUGCAGACGUCCUACUCAGAGCAGCCCGAUCCCUUCGGAAGUGCUACUGCGAGGGUCCGAAAGGUGUGACUUCCAGGUCUCUUCAGGAGUGCUCGGAUUGUGGGCAUACGACAUGCGUUGCUUGCGGUGGCAACCCUCCUCACAGCUAUCGUAACGUGUCAUCAAUAUCGAGCGAUGCACGGCUAGCUCCAGGACAGUUCGAACAGGAGUUGCGAGAGGUGCUACCUCUUCGUCUCUCGUUUGACAACAAUGAUGUGUCGGUGGACGAGAUGCUCGGCAACGCCAUAGACCCAGAAUAUUCUGGACAAGUGAGUGAAGCGCUGAAGCAAACAUUCAGCUUUCAACACGUUCGGCGCACGCAUUGCUGGUCGGUGCUCUACCAGUCUGACUCCGCAUCUCUGGAGCUUGCGAUUGAGAACGAGGCCAACGCAGAGUGGCGGCUCUUCGCGCAUGCCUCAUCUGACCUGCCCAGUGAUAGCAAGCUCCGUGGUCUGCUGCAACAGCCUGUGGCUCGUAGCAAGAUGCGCGGUGAUUUUCUGGCUUCAAAGUGGCAAGUUAGGUCACCAAUGCCGACAAAAGUUCCCAUAGUGGUGAAGGCCUCUGGCUCUGGGCUUGCAUCAUGGUGGGCUCGCAACGAGUUGCCUGAUUUCCUUGAUCAUUCCGUCUGGCAGACUCUCACAAUCAAGGCUGAGAAUGCAGGAAUCUCAAACGAUCCGGCAGUCGAAUCUGUGUGCGGCGUAUAUGACCAUCUUCCGCUGUGUGGCACGGCAUGCAACGGUCUGUACAAGAAAGCUGGCCAUGGUAGGCCUAUCUACAUGUUCCUCGAUCCCACGAGGAUUGGUGAUCCAAAGGAGGAUUGUUUCGUGUUCUCACACAACAAAGCUAUCCUUGAAUACGACGAAGUCCGGCCUGUCAUCGCACGCAUUGACUCCUCCUGGCGGCCAUGGUCAGAGAAGGAGAAGGAGAAGGGGAGAAUCCCGGCUACCACGCGAGCCAACCUCAUCGUGGAUGACGACUGGCUUCCUUCAGACUUCAAGCUAUCGUCUACAGACACAAGCCUUGAGAUAUGCGCACCGAAUCAGCCUGCACUCAUCGGUGAGACGCUGGAUUGUGCGACCACGCCAAUCCUCGUGUCUUGUCGUCUGGCGGCCGGAGAUGCUGGGGCCAUAUCAAUGCAGCCACACCAGCCUGGGUUCUUCGAGAAGCAUGGAUGGAUAUUCGAAGCUUUGCGCCGUCACCUGCCACCUGAACAGUGGUUGCCAUUGCAAAACGACUAUGUCGACUGUCACUGCAACAAGUGUGCCCCUCGACGUCCCGAGAUUCGAUGGGCCUUAAGCGACAACAGCAACAUUGUUGCACAAGAGGAUCCAGCAACAGCUGCAGCAUAUGAGCGAGCCAUCAAGUCAAGACCGGAGCCAUUGCUUGUAACGGUCGUCGAUGGGCGUGAGAUUCAAGUCGGCAUCAACAUUACAAGCCUUGGCCAUAGAGCAGGUGCACGUUUGCGGCAUGACUGUAGACCGGAAGCCACCAUUUCAUACGUCUGGCGCUUCACGACAGGUGCAAAGCAAGCAGACAGCUUUAUAUUCAAGCCCUUCGUCCUUCUAUCGACAGGGGACGUCGAACCUUUCAGCAGCGAUUGUGGUCUGACGGUAACGCUUUUUCCGAAGCAACGACUAGCUCUAGCCUGGAUGCGUAAGCAAGAGCAAGGUGUCGACUUCCUGCUCGAAGAGGUUGAAGAGUCCUCCCUGACUGCACUCGGCUGGCAAGCAGAAGUCAAGGCUCGAACCACCUUGACGGUCAAGGGAGGGAUAUGUGCCGACCAUCCAGGAUUUGGCAAGACAAUCCUCAGCUUGGCUCUCGUCCAGUCUGAAUGGAUCGAAAAGAGCAAGGCCGGUAUCCUCAACGAAGCCAAAGGCAGCCAAUCUGCGGUGGUUGGACUUAUUCCUAUCGCUGCGACUUUGAUCGUCUGUCCUGCCGCGUUGUUGAAACAGUGGCAAUCUGAGGUCGUCGAAAAGCUCCGAGUUAAGCGCCAAGUCAUUGCGAUCAACACCAUAAAAGACCUUGACAAACAUACGAUCUCUGACUUUGAGAACGCUACAAUCAUUGUCGUCAAUCGGAACGUCUUUGGAGCUGAUGCUUAUGCAGAGCGUCUAGCUACUUUUGCUGGUGUGCCUGGGCCAGCAACGAAGUCAGGUCGCUCCUUUGCACAUUGGCUUAAGUCUAUUGCACAAGAUGUUCCAACGCACGUCGACAUCCUUGAUCGCGGAUUCGGAUUGAAGAAGCUGCAGCGUCACUUGAAGGACGUAUACAAAGCUAAUCUCGACAGCGACAAGUUCAAGAUGAGCGUUCCGUCGCGCCGACUUCGCGGUAGAGAAUAUGUGGCUGGCAAAGAAAAGAAGAAGGUCGGUGUAGAGACGACAGCGGCUGCUCCAGACAUUGACGUCUCGCAAGUUGGAAAGCCAUUGCUGGAGAUGUUCUGCUUCAAUCGUAUAAUGGUGGAUGAAUUUCAUCAGUACGAGCCCAAAGAACGCGCCGCAAUUGCUGGAUUGAACGCCGACAAGCGAUGGGGACUUUCUGCAACGCCAGCAAUGGACGACUUCUACGACAUUGCUCAGACUGCGAGCUUGCUGGGUAUACCACUGCGUACAAGUAGUGGUGCGAGAGGAGUCUUGAAGACAAAGAAUGCCCGAGACAUGAAGAAGGAAAUGACGUCUUUCGAGCAGUUUGAUCUGAUGCGAGACCUACCAUCCGAUUCCAUGCAUGCGCAUAUCCAUGCUACAGAUCAGCGAUUCUUGGAUACUUUCGUGAGGCGUAACAUCUCGGACUUCAAUGAGCACCUCGUCUGCUUCGAGCAUCUGCAUCCAGUGCGGCUCGAUGUAUCUCACAUGGCUCUUUACGCGGAGAUCUCCCAGCAUCUCAACUCCUCAGACAUGAGAAUCAAGAAGAGCACAAAGGGCAAGGCCACGGACCGCCAGGAACGCUUUCACAGCGUGACUAAUGAUUGCUUGACCGCUGAGGAAGCUCUCUCGAAAGCCGCGGCUUUCCUCGACGGAGACGAGCGGGAUAUCGACGAGAUCAUCAAUCGGCGAAACCGACAGGCUGAGAAGAUCCUUGGGGAACUUGCAGAGGCUUUGCAUACUGCGAGCAGUGAAGAGCCCGCUGCCUUUGCUUCCUGGAAAGCUUCACGACUAGACGACGGUAGGCUUGGUGACAGGGACACAAUUCGGGAAGUUUCACAUUUGCUACGAAGCUCUAUGACAGUGGCGAAGAAGGGCAAGGCACACGCGAAAGUGAAGAGCGACUCCGACGGCGACAGUGCCGACCCGGAGGACCAUGAUGCCAAAGUCUCCUUUGCCGGGCAAAAGGAAAAGACCGCCAAGCUCAAUGCAAUGUGUGAGAAGCUUCUGAAGGCUAGGCGGUCCGCACGAUACCUUCACAACGUUAAACGAAUUCAAGAGGCUGCCAAGAAGGGUGAGGAGAAGGAGGAUCUUUGCGACAAUCCCGAGUGUGGGAGUCGGAGUCUACAAUCAGAAGCAGCUGGGGUAUCAGUGUUCUGCGGCCAUCUCAUCUGCUAUGCCUGCUACCUACGAAUGCGGGAACAAGGCAGCGCCACAUGCCCAGCAGACGAUUGCUCGGAGUCCAUGCCAGACACAUACCUGCUAUGGUCACAGAAGAUGGGCGACAUGUCGAGCCCUCAGACAAUGCACGGCGCCAAAGCUGAAGCCGCCACGAAGCUUCUACAUCAGAUCGAGAAGCAAGGCGAUCAAGCGAUCCUGUUCGUGCAGUACGAACAGCAGCUGUACGAGAUCGAGGCCGCUCUCCAAGACGAGGACAUCUCAAACACGGUGGUGAAGAAUGGACUCGCUGCUGGACGUCAGGUCGAGCAAUUCGUCAAGUCUGCUGGAAAGGAGGAUCAGAUCACCGUCAUGGUGCUCAAUGCGUCCGAUGAGACGGCGGCUGGAUUGAACUUGCAGAAUGCCAACCACGUCAUCUUCCUCAGUCCGCUGCUGAGGGACAGUCAGUACGGCUACGACUCCACGAUGGCGCAGGCAAUCGGUCGUGUACGACGAUAUGGACAGAAGAAGGAGAUUCACGUUCACCGGAUCUUCGCACUGGAUGCGAUUGACGUCGACAUCCUGGAGCACAGAGAGCGACGCAAUACCGCCCUGACAGAGCGCGGUGGACCAUCCGUCGUACCUCCAAAGGCGGCGAAAGAGCUGGAUCAGCACGGUCUUGAGAAGAAGGAGAAGACGCAACUUGUUUGUGAGGACGGCAUGUUCAGUCUGCGGCCGCAGAGUUGGCUGGUGAGAUGUGGAGCGGAUGACGAUAUUGACGAAGUGAACAAAGUGAAGGGCAAGAAUCGUGUGUUGGGAUGGGAGGACUACAGUUCUUUGGUCAAGUUUAGCAAGACGUUCACGGAGGAUGAUGAUUGGUGA